AAUGCUGCUCGUAUCGUGCGGGCUCUGUUUGAGAUCGCUCUGAGGAAGCGCUGGCCGGCCAUGACCUACCGCCUGCUGAACCUGUGUAAAGUGAUUGACAAGCGUCUGUGGGGCUGGGCCCACCCGCUGCGGCAGUUCAGCGCUCUGCCCCCUUCGGUGCUGUCCAGAAUGGAGGAGAGGAAUCUCACGGUGGACAAACUCAAAGACAUGGGCAAAGAUGAGAUCGGUGAGGACAGAGGGCCGGUUCUAGAGGUCAUUGUGUCCAGAACCAACUUUAUCUCAUCCCACACCUCAAAAAAAGUGCGAGUAGUGGGACUCUCUACCGCGCUGGCUAAUGCACGGGAUCUAGCUGACUGGCUGGGCAUCGGACAGGUGGGACUGUUUAAUUUCCGGCCCUCUGUUCGCCCAGUGCCGCUGGAGGUUCACAUCCAGGGCUUUCCGGGGCAACAUUAUUGCCCUCGUAUGGCCAGCAUGAACAAACCAGUCUUCCAAGCCAUCCGCACUCAUUCUCCUGCCAAACCGGUCCUCAUAUUUGUGUCGUCGCGCCGGCAGACACGGCUCACAGCUCUGGACCUCAUUGCGUUUCUGGCUACAGAAGACGACCCCAAACAGUGGCUCCACCAGGAUGAGAGAGAGAUGAACGAUAUCAUCGGCACUAUAAGAGAGUCAAACCUGAAGCUGACCCUGGCGUUUGGGAUCGGGAUGCAUCACGCGGGACUUCACGAGCGAGACAGGAAGACAGUGGAAGAGCUCUUUGUCAACUGUAAGAUCCAGGUGUUAAUUGCAACCAGCACACUAGCGUGGGGCGUCAACUUCCCUGCUCACCUGGUGAUCGUGAAGGGCACAGAAUACUAUGACGGAAAAACCCGCCGCUACGUGGAUUACCCCAUAACAGAUGUUCUUCAGAUGAUGGGUCGAGCAGGGCGACCGCAGUUUGAUGACCAGGGCAAGGCUGUUAUCCUUGUGCUCGACAUCAAGAAGGACUUCUAUAAGAAGUUCUUGUACGAGCCGUUCCCUGUGGAGUCUAGUCUUCUGACCGUGCUCUCCGACCACUUGAAUGCAGAAAUCGCAGCAGGCACAGUCACCUCAAAACAAGAUGCCAUGGAUUAUAUCACCUGGACGUACUUCUUCCGCAGGCUGGUCAUGAACCCAAGUUACUAUAAUUUGGAUGACAUCACCCAUGAAACCAUUAACAAAUACCUUUCAAACCUGGUGGAGAGGAGUCUGAGGGAUCUGGAAUGUUCCUACUGCAUGGAAAUACAGGAGGACGAGCAAACCAUCGAGCCGCUGACGUACGGCCGCAUCUCAUCCUACUAUUACCUGAAACACCAGACCAUCCGCACGUUCAAAGAGCGUCUGAAGCCAGAGCUGCCCAUCCAAGAGCUGCUGGCCAUCCUCAAGCAUAAUAGGAAAAGAGCACAUGUUAAUGUGGAAGCAGAGGAGUACGCCGAGCUCCCCGUACGCCACAACGAGGACCAACUGAACAGCGAGCUGGCCCAGCAGCUCCCCCUGCAGGUCAACCCUCACUCGUACGACAGCGCGCACACCAAAACACACCUGCUUAUGCAGGCCCACUUCAGCCGGGCACAGCUGCCCUGCAGCGACUACGGAACCGACACCAAAACCGUGCUGGACAACACCAUCCGCAUCUGCCAGGCUAUGCUGGAUGUGGUGGCGAAUGAAGGAUGGCUCGUGUCUGCACUGAGCAUUUGCAACCUUGUACAGAUGAUCAUUCAGGCCAGAUGGCUUCAGGAUUCCUCGCUGCUCACACUUCCUCACAUCCAAAAGCAGGAUCUCUAUGUCUUCAGGAGGUGGAGCGCCAAAGGUGCGAGGGGCGGAGGUGGCUAUCAAAGCCCAAUCGAGGGGCUUCCCGAGCUAAUGGCCGCCUGUGACGGGAAAGAGGACAACUUCACGUCGAUGGUGAAGGAGGUGCUGCAGCCCAAUCAGAUCUCUCAGGCGUGGGCUUUUCUGAGUCACCUGCCUGUGGUGGAGGUCAGGAUGAGUGUGAAGGGCUGGUGGGAGGGUUGUGAGGAGCAAACCGAGCGCGUGAUCCCUGCUAACGUCACCAACAUCAGAGACGAGUCCAGCUGGCUGCCGCUGCACGCUGACCAGGAGUACGUGCUCCAGGUGUCCCUGCGCCGCCUCAACGCCGGCCAGCAGAGAAGGAAGCAGGACAGCAAGGCACAGGCGCCACGCUUCCCCAAACCCAAAGACGAAGGCUGGUUUCUUGUUCUCGGGGAGGUGGAGAAGAAAGAACUGCUGGCUAUCAAACGUGUGGGAUUUAUACGCAACCACAGCAGCGUGUCCGUGGCCUUCUACACGCCUGAGAAGACGGGGAAGUGUAUCUACACGCUGUACCUGAUGAGCGACAGCUACCUCGGCCUGGAUCAGCAGUACGACAUCCACCUGAACAUCAUCCCAGCCAGCAUUGCUGCGCAAGUCAACAGUGAGAUAUCAGAUAACGCUGGCAAAAAAGCCCCGAAGUGACCUCGCACAACUAAACCAAAGUUUCUCUCUUGGCUUGAGAUGUUCAUUUGGUGGACAGCUCUUCAGUUCUCUUCGUGAAACUACACUGAAUGGGUGCCAACUUUUUUCUUUUUUUUUUCUGGUUCAAUUAAACAUUUUGAUGAUUAGAACAUCUGGCCCAAACAGUCAUAGAUUUUAUAUCUAACACUUUCGAAUGAGAGAUCAGAUGGUUGUAAUUGAUUCAAGAGGAACCUUCUGAGAAUCAGCCUCAUCUGUUUCUCGGACGGUCACUCUUCCUGCCUUAUUACUCUUUACUCUUAUUUUGUGCUGCUGCUGCUUCUUCUUUUUGUACACUCUGCAUUACGGGCAAAGGUUAUAUUUGUCUAAUUAAAAUAUAAACAUAAAAAGAUUGUUUUUGCUUCUGAAUUAUGGAAAUAUUCAGUACGAAAAUCAAUUUUGUUAAAUAAAAAAAUAAAAGCACAUGCAGCACAGUUGUAUUUAUCAGUCUAUCAAUUGUUUCCAUUCUUUCCUAAGUGCCCACAUUUGCAUAGCAUUGGAAUUGACUGUGUUCAGCAGUUAUUCACAGGCCACAUGUGUUUUGUUUUUUUGUUACAGAGGUCAAAUAGUCAGCACAUGCUUGUUAUUAUUUACCAGGUCACCCGUCAGGGUAAAAAUGACUUUUAUGCAAGAAUAUAAAGAUGUUCUGGAAUUUUUCGAUAAUAAAGUAAUACAUUUAAGAAUAAUAUUUUAUUAGUAGUGGAUGUUGAGGUUUGACUAAAGCAAACAAUAGUCUAUCAUAAUGUUGGUCAUGAUAAUUUGCAAAAUGAUCAGUUUAUGUUCUAUAAAUAAAGUUGCUUUAAGACCAGACAAGACAGCAUCUCUUACAACCCCUUUUCUGAUAUAGGCUUGCUUAAAAAAUGUAAGUAGGCUGUUUUAUUUCGCUGUCUCUGACUAACACUGUAA